GCGGGGCCGGCGCGCGGAAGCCGCGUCUCCCGAAGCCGUGGUGACCGCCGCCGGCUGUGACGCUAGCGAGAGAAGGUUACCCGCGGAGUCCGCGGACUGGAGAGCGCCAGGAAGCCCCGCGAGCCCGUGCAGCCGGCGGGGGCGCGCGAGAGCGGGAGCGGGAGCGGGGAUGGAGGACGGCUUGGCCGGGUCGCGUCUCGGGGCUGGAACCGAGGCUGCCGAGGCGCGAGCGCAGCCCGGGGUGACGCUGCGGCCCUUCGCGCCCUUCUCGGGGGCGGCAGAGGCCGACGAGGGCAGCGGCGACUGGAGCUUCAUCGACUGCGAGAUGGAGGAGGUGGACCUGCAGGACCUGCCCAGCGCCACUAUCGCCUGCCACCUGGACCCGCGCGUGUUCGUGGACGGCCUGUGCCGGGCCAAAUUUGAAUCCCUCUUUAGGACAUAUGACAAAGAUAUCACCUUUCAGUAUUUUAAGAGCUUCAAAAGAGUCAGAAUCAACUUCAGCAACCCCUUAUCUGCAGCAGAUGCGAGACUCCAACUACAUAAGACUGAAUUUCUUGGAAAGGAAAUGAAAUUAUAUUUUGCCCAGACUUUACACAUAGGAAGUUCCCACCUGGCCCCACCCAAUCCAGACAAGCAAUUUCUGAUCUCACCUCCUGCCUCGCCGCCGGUCGGUUGGAAACAAGUGGAAGACGCUACUCCCGUCAUAAAUUAUGAUCUUUUAUAUGCUAUCUCCAAGCUGGGGCCAGGUGAAAAAUAUGAAUUGCACGCCGCAACCGACACCACUCCCAGCGUGGUGGUCCACGUGUGUGAGAGCGAUCAGGAGAACGAGGACGAGGACGAGAUGGAAAGAAUGAAGAGACCCAAACCCAAAAUUAUCCAGACGAGGAGGCCAGAGUAUACACCCAUCCACUUAAGCUGAACUGGGACCCGGACGAAGAAGCAUUCCAACUCCAACACCCGAGAAGGAAUCUUUGACUGUGGAAGUGGCCGGUCACAACCUUGGAGGCGGCAGCCGUGAGCGCUGUGGCAGAAAUUCCAGUUCAUGUUGCUCAGAAGAGAAUCGAGGCUUUGUCUUCCGGUUCCAACGCUGCGCACCCGUCCCUGUUCGUGGCUCCCGGGAAUGUCCUGAGCCAAUCACUGAGGUUAGGGUUGAUCCGCAAGGACAUCUGGGAAUGUCUCGAGAAAACCAAUAACGAUAGUGUUUUGUACUUGUUCUUUUCUGGUAGGUUCUGUUUUCGCCAGGGGCAGGUUGAUCAAAGGGUCCAGGGAGAGACUUGUAGAAUUUCUAACCAGCCUACAGGAUUGACCCUCUCUCUCCUGGGAGGAAAAGGCACCGUGGGGAAGCCACAAGGCAUCUGGUGCAAGAAAGGUUGUGAAAACAACAAGGCAGUGUGGAAAUUGUAGUGUUUCUUUUUUUUUUCCCCUCCAUGUUCUAAUGUUUGUGCAUGUAUAUUACUGAUUUUCGGAACUAACCUUUGUUCGUGUAUAGAGUUACGCCACUGUUGUUUUGCACCUUUGGGGAAGUUAGAGAAGCAUUAGAAAUAUCUGUCCACCUUUCCAGGUUCCUGACUGUCUUUGCAACAGCACACACAGGUGGGAAAACACCUGGAGUACAUUCAUUCAGCAUCCUCUGCGAAGCAACCUAGAACCUGUGCUUUUGCAAAAGAAGUUGAUCUGAAAGUCCGAGCUAGCGUUGCGCUUAUCAAAUGCAGAGAAUAGCAGUCUCACUGCCAACAUUUAGUGGGUGAGAAAUGUUUCAAUGUUUUAGGUCAGACAAUAAAUUGGUUUCAUUUCUUUCUUUAAUAUGGUGGUUUAGAUACAUGAAUCAUUAGCCAAAACCCUUUUUUGGGGGGGGGGAAAUAUCAGUUGAGAUAACUGAUUUUUUUGAACCCUACAAAAACAUCGAGAUAAACCUGUAAAUAAAGCUAGUAACAUAUAUUCAUACCUGCUGUGCACUUGGGUGAGAAAUAGGGCAGUGGAAGAAUCACGUAAGAUGUUUUAACCUACCUGUGAACUCUGUGUUGUAGAAAACGCCUUUCAAAUGAUCGACGGGACUUGAACUCAAAGCAUGUGAAGUGGAUAGUAGGUGUGUGGUGGUAUGAAAAGAAUGCAGUGCCUUUCCCCAUUACUCCCUGAUGGAAUUGUCACAUGAGGUUAACAUCUGUCAUUUUUUUCUAGGUGUGUCAUGUGUAUGUCUGGUUGAUAGGUAUUCUGUUUUGGCCUUACAAUACCAUAGCAAGAUUUGUCCCUUUGAAAUAGCUAACGCCAAGUAACAAUGCAUGCUUUGGAAAUGCAGAAGAGGAUUUUCUUGAAGGAGCAAAUACAUUUGGUUGCUCAUAUCAAGAAAACCGACCGAAUGUUCUCCAAACCCUGUUUACAGUACUUGGUGGGGCACGGGGGGGCAGGUGUGGGAGAGACCAUUGCAUAGCGUUCAAGUGUUCCUAGUUAAGUGCUUUUCAACUGGAGAGGCUAACCUCAAGAUAUUUUUUUUAACUGCAUUCUGUAAUAAAUCAACACAAUAUGCUCUUUA